AUGGCAAACCGGCAGCAGCGCCCGGGCGGCCUCGACCUCCGCUCCCAGUCGUUUGACCCUUCCUCCACCUCCACCUCCAACAACGCCGGCUUGUACGCAAACACCAACAACAGCAGCUCUGGCUUCGGCAACAUCGCCAGCGCCAGCGCCAGCAUGAGCAAUCUGUCGCUCAUAUCUGACCUACCCAGCCCACGCACUGGCGAAGCGCCCCCCGCUCUCUCUCCCCUCGACGCCCUCGCCCUCCAGGGCAGACUGCUCGCAAAGCGCUUCGAGCAGCAGGACAAGACUGGCCGUCGCCUCAGCCGAUUGGCCCCUCUCACCAUCCAGAACGAGUUUGGCAACCGCCCUGGAUACUUUUCCUCUCUCUCAAACUCGACCGUCAACUCGCCCAACGAAGAUGCAGGUCCAUUCAAGUCCCCACGCCCCGAGCCGUCUCCGCGCCAGGAAGUCAUGGAGAGGCACAAGUCCUGCUAUCCUCAGUUCGGCAGCGAUGAGUUAGAGCCCCAGUAUGCUGUCGGCCCUCUGCAAAGCCCCAUGGCCACUAUUGCAGAGGCCAGUCCUGCCACUCCGCCCCGCGGCUACUUUGAUCUGCCCAGGUCUCACUCGCCCGAAUCUGUCGAGCCUCAGUUUGGACUCCGCGAAGCCACGCCCGUCACUCCCAAUGUCCCGGCUCCAACCUCGCAAAUGUUCCUGAGCCCGCAAAGGAAGCCAUCCGGUGACUCGCAGCACCAGUCGCCGCACAACCGGUCCAACCUGCACCCACCCCGAUCGUCCAGCUCCUUGCGCUCCAAUCGCUCUCCACACCUGUCACCCAGCGUCAGGUCUGUACAUGGCGACUGCUACGGUGAGAUUGAAGACAUGUCGUUGAGCGGAUCAUACGACUCUCUGCACCAGAACCGUAACCUGUCUCCCAGCUCCAGCGUGUCUAGAGCCCAUUCCCCCGUCGCUCCUGCUGCGACACACAACAUGUCUCGAUCACCAUCGGCAGCAUCUGAUUAUUCUGUCGGCAGCGCAAACCUUCCACGUCCAGCCUACAACUUCUCAAGGCCCAUGAGUCGUGGAGGCUCACGUCCAUCGCUGGAUGUCAGGUCCACCGACGGACCGUCGCGCCAGGCGUCGGACGACAGUGCGUGCAUGAGACCCUCUUUUGACAAUCAACUCCAACAACAAGAUUCGAACGAUGCGCCCCUUGCGAACUACGGUAACGAGACCGUCCACACACCCGUGAGCAUGGCUAGCGAGGACUUCCGACGAUCGGGCGAUUUCACUAACAACCCGGCACCAUCGUACACUUAUACCAAGUUCAACCUUCCUCGCGGCAGGCCUGUCGAUCGUCGGUCUGUCGGCGUUGAGGACUUCCUCAACAGCCAGAUUAAGUGGGAUCAGCCCAAAAAAGCUAACCAGGCUCAGGCCCGGCCACCCUCACCCGAGUCGCCGCCGCGUUCAUUUAACCACGGCGCACCCUCUCUUACAUCUAGCAACAGCACAAUCCGCCCUCGAACUGCCGGCUCUACUAGCGACUUGACUCCCCAACAACAUUGCGACAUGGGUAUCGAACUCCAUGAAGCAGGCGAGCUCCUGAAAUCCACCUACCAUCUCCGUCUUGCAGCCCGCGCUGGUCUUCCCGAAGCCAUGUUCUGGUAUGGCCUGGCCUGCCGACAUGGCUGGGGCAUGCGUGAGAACAAGGCCGAAGCACUGCAGUGGCUGCGACGCGCCGUCGACUCUGGACAUCUGGAAAUCGCCGACGACGAAGAUCAAACCAAGAACGGCCAGCCCACCGAUCAGUUAAAGAAGAAGAAGCACCGCGCCCAAUAUGCAGUAGCCAUCUACGAGCUUGGAAAAUGCUACGGUAACGGCUGGGGAUGUGCCCAGGAUAAGUCGCUUGCUCUUCGCUGCUACGAGAUUGCCGGAAACUGGGGCGAUGCAGAUGCUCUCGUCGAAGCCGGUUACUGCUAUGCUGAAGGCGUUGGCUGCAGAAAGAACAUGAAGAUGGCUGCCAAAUUCUACCGCGCAGCCGAGGCCAAGGGUGUCAGCAUGGUUGGCAACAGCUGGAUCUACAAAGACAAAUACAUGGACGACGGCUCCUCUGCCUCGGACGCGCGCUCAGUCCGAUCUGGCCGCUCUACCACCAAGGACCACUCUGAGAAGAAAGCUCGCGACAAGAGCAGGACUCGCGCCAUCUUCAGCCGCAAGAAGAGCGUUGGGACUCAGUCUUGA